UUAACAAAAAAUAAAAUAAAUAAAAUUACCAUAUAAUUUUUCAUAUUGAAAAUCUAGAACCAGCUAUAUAUAGACUUAAAUAAAUAAUCAGUCACCAUAGCUAAGAACUCUCCAGAUUCCUUUAACACUUCAUCUCAUAGAACACUCUAGAACCCCACCCCUCACCCUCUUCAAUAUAAAACCCACAAGCUGCAAUGCAUUUCUCAGCAAAUCUUGAAAACCCCACAUCUUCAAUCUGCAUUUUGAUUGCAAUUAACCAUCUUUUGAGCUUUCUUUCAAGAAAUUGUGAAUGCCCAUUGCGAAGAAGGAAGCCAUGGAUGAGGAUUUUGAGUUUCCAGUAUCUUCUAACAAUGCUGCUGCUGAAGAAAUGGACAUGGGCAUGGAUGAUUUCUCUGAACCCGACCCGAUUAUGAAGGUUGAUGAAGAGAAGGAGAUUGGGAAAACUGGGAUUAAAAAGAAACUUUUAAAAGAAGAUGAAGGUUGGGAGCAUCCUAGUAAAGGAGAUGAAGUUGAAGGAACCGACGUCACUCCUCGACCUCCUCCACGUGGCUAGCUCGAGUUAGUUUGAAGAUUGCUUGCGGUGAGUUCCCAUGGUUCGGGAACAACAUCCCUUUUAUUCUAAGCUUAUGUUAUGUAGAACAUUAAGACUUUUGUUAAGGAAUUUCUUGACACUUAUUUUGAGGGUGAGUUAGGGACAUGUCUUAGUCCCCACUAAGUUUUUAAUGUAGAAGGUAUGGUUGGACAUAGAAAAAAUUGUUAUGUUGUCUUCGACUCUUGUUAAAUGU